CUAGUCCAUUUCUUCAUCUUUUUCCGUCGAAACUUUUGGACGGUUCGAGACAGUAGUGGACACGUUUCGCAGCCAGCCGUUGUCACUCGUUCACCUCGAGCCCCGAAAACCUGCACUGUGACUUCCCGAACAGAUCUUAACGAUGGCGUCCAGUUCCUGACGAACCGUGGUUACUGUCAUCCUGCGUACAUCGUUGCAUCCGCUGCACACGUCACCGUGUCGAAAACAAUUUCACGUGGUCGGAUGGCCAUAUAGUCGUAGACGUCAACGGACAAGUCGUCGCCGCCAAGUCCGAGUUCAACAAUCAUGGCGAACGUUACCGAUCCUCAUUUCAUUACAGAAAUGAAAGAUCAAUUUUUAAACUUACUGGACAAGGAACUGGUAUUCGACAAUGAAGUCGAUUCGUGGUUUUUGAUGAACUCUGCAUUACCAGUGUUUAGUAUCAUAGGAGCUUAUUUAGUGUUCGUCUUGAAAAUCGGUCCAAAUAUGAUGGAAAAACGCCCUCCAUAUAAACUCAAACAAAUAAUGCUAUUUUACAAUCUUUUUCAAACAGGUUACAAUGUUUUUUUAUUAUGUAAGCUUUUUUUUACGCCUGGGGCGUUAAUCUAUUUGUGGAAUCAUUCUUGUCAUCCUAUUGAAAGAAGUAAAAACAGCUAUUUACUAUACGAGUUAAAUAAUGCUUCCUGGUAUUUUUUCAUGUCCAAAGUCAUCGAUUUAUUGGACACGAUUUUCUUCGUCUUAAGGAAAAAACAAUGCCAAGUUACGUUUUUACAUGUCUACCACCAUUCAAACAUGGUCAUCACAUGUUGGGCCUACUUGAGAUUUAUCAAAGGUGAACAAGCGGCAUUGCCUGGAUCGAUCAAUUCAUUUAUCCAUGUAAUCAUGUACUUCUAUUAUUUCCUAGCUGCCCUUGGACCGCAUAUGCAACCAUAUCUAUGGUGGAAGAAGUAUUUAACAAGAAUGCAAAUAAUUCAAUUCGUAGUCAUCCUUAUCUGGUUCAUUGGUCUAGUCUUAUUCAAUUGUCAGUUCCCGAAAGUUUACAUUUAUUACAAUGUGGCAAAUGUGGCGCUUUUCCUAUACUUAUUCUCGUUGUUUUACAAAAAAACUUACAAAAAUGCACCCAAAACAGUAAAAACCAACUAAACACAAAUUAAUGGAUCGUAAAAAUUGUGAUAGUUAGAUUUCUACAGGUCCAUAGUAUGCAAUUGAUAUAUAUGAUAUUUUUAAGCAAUUUUAAAUUAUUUUACUUAUUGUUUUUAUUUAUAAUUAUUUAAUUAAUAUUAUUAAUAUUAUUAAUAUUAUGUAUACAAAAUACAGCUUUAAUUAAGUAUGACAUGAGUGACGAUAUUAUUGUUGUGAACGAUUUCUAAUAAAAUAUAAAA